AUGCAGGUAGUGUCACAAGUUACAGAUGGAGUUGUCGUUCCUGCAGAUGUACCUGCUACACCAGUUCCAACAGAGGGGUCUUCUCCAUCUAUUCCAGUUGAGGGGGAUUCCGUGACUACUAAUUCAACACAGAGGCCUCAAGAUGAUGGUGAUAUUUCCUCACAGACGCCCUCCGCCCGCAGACGUCGUCGGUGCAGUUCUUCUUCUCCUAUGUGUGUGCCAGUGACGGCCGAUGCAGGAUUUCCAAUGCCACCUCAUGAGUUGCACGAGGAUGAUGAGGAGAUGGAUACCCAGAAGUUCUACAACCAUGGUCGGAAGAUUGCCGCUCUAGUGCAGCCUAACGAGGCGUGGUUCCAGGAUGUCCUCUCAGCUUUUGGGCUGAAGGACCUCUGUCAGGUCAGGUUCCACACGAUACAUAAUGGGAUGCUAAUGGCCUUUGUAGAGAGGUGGCAUCCAGAGACUUCGUCAUUCCAUCUUCAUCAUAGUGAGGUUAGCAUCACUCUUGAUGACGUCGCAUGGCUCCUACAAAUACCUAUCAGGGGUACCCUCCUUGGUCACGGUAGGUUGACGAAGGAGGAAGUGAGGGAGAUGCUGAUUGAAGAGCUCGCGGCUGAUCCUAAGUACGUCCUUGAGGAGGUUGAGAGGCUACACUGGCGUACAUCUAUCUGUUGGAUAUUACAACACUUUUCUAACAUUAUUGGCUGGGGAGAGGUACAAGACUACACUGAGGCUAUGUUGAGUGCUAGAGCCUUCGUCCCUCUCAGAGGGAACCAGGUACCGGAUCCUUAUAGACAUUAUCUUGACCGCAUGGUUGCAGAGGACGUCUGA